CAUGACACUCAAGCUCCACUUUUCCAUGUUCAAAGUCCGAGUCCAAAAAGAUGGCUUUCCCCCUUAUCUUGUCUCUCUCUCUCUCUCUCUCACACGGCAGAAAAAUCUAAGGUCAUUACUUGCUUACUCUUUGCAGUAUAUUACAACAAGAAGGGAAAGGAGAGACAGAUUACAGCAACGGUUAAUUAAUGGGCAUUUGUUGCAGCAGUUUAGCUCAUAAACCAGCAACAACCCUAAGAUUUCAAGACCCAGCACCAAGCACCAAUGACCAUGUCAGUGCAGGUGGCGAUGACUUUGACAACAGAUGGGUAUCUAUGAUAAGCACCAGCAUUACAACUUGGAUAUCUCAACCAAGUAGCAGCUUCACAGCUAUUUGGGGUAAAAAUGUCCCUGAGAGCAGCCAAUUCUCAGAUGCAACUGGAAGUGGCGAUGGGACUUUACCAAAUGGGCAAAGCGCUACCAACUUGAGAGUUUUCACAUUGGCACAACUAAGAGCUGCAACAUAUAAUUUUAGAUCCGAUUUGCUGGUGGGAACAGGAGGUUUUGGCAACGUCUAUAAAGGUUGGCUUAAGGAGAAGUUGCCUCCAAAGGGUAUAAAGAAGACAGCCGUUGCUGUCAAGAAAUUGGGUUCUUACAGCACACAAGGAUUUAACGAGUGGAAGGCAGAGGUGUAUUUCUUAGGAUUGCAUUCUCAUCCGAACCUAGUAAAGCUAUUGGGAUAUUGUUUGGAAGGUGGAGAUUGCGUCCUUGUCUAUGAGUUCAUGAAAAAAGGAAGCUUAGAUUUCCAUCUCUAUGGAAAGCGCUCUGUUCCACCACUUUCAUGGGACAUAAGGCUGAAGAUUGCGAUAGAUGCUGCACGAGGUCUGGCUUACUUGCACACAUUGGAGAAGCCAGUGAUUUACAGAGAUUUCAAGUCCUCGAAUAUACUACUUGAUGAGUUCUAUAACGCGAAGCUAGCAGACUUUGGCUUGUCGUUUUGGGGUCCCUUGAUUGAUUCACAUGUCAAUACAAGAAUCACAGGCACGAAGGGUUAUAUUGAUCCUCAAUAUCUUGCGACAGGAAAUUUGCAUGUAAAGAGUGAUGUGUACGGGUUCGGAGUUCUAGUGGUCGAGAUGCUAACUGGCUUACGAGCAGUUGACAUGAAACGUCCCAGUGGGAAACAGAUACUCGUUGACUGGGUGAAGCCUUAUCUGAAAAAUAGAAGAAAGUUGAGAAAAAUAAUGGACUCCCGGUUGGAAGGAAAAUAUCCUCCCGGAGAGGCUUCUCAAAUAGCUCACCUUGCUAUUAAAUGUCUUCAAAUUGAUACCCGCUUCCGACCAUCAAUGACAGAAAUUGCUGAGACACUUGAACAGAUUGAUGCCAUCCAUAUGAGACUGGGAGAGCGUAAAAUUCUUUCUGGUUAACACAGCAGUUAGUGGGAUUUUAGUUUUAUUCUCCAUCAAAUGUCAAACACAGGUGAGAGAUCGCUGGUAUACAGGUAUACUUUCUUCAUAUAAUUCACACAAGAAUUCAUGUAAUUAGUUCUCAUGAAAUGUUUUGAGUUUAUGUGACUCUCUGUAGCAGAGAGUUGGGAGUGCUUGUCUAGUAUUAAGGGCACAUCCCUACCAUGCGCACUGAUAUAUAUUUUUUGGUGUUAACGCAGUUGUUCAUUUGUCUUUA